GGUGUCUAUUCGGCGAAGGGCGCGCGCUGCCGUGACCUGUAUCUCACUGUAAGCAAAAGUACAAACGAUCUCCGGCGGUGCGUCACGGACCGCUUGGUUCGAAAUAGCGGGAGGGGGAAGGAAGUAUAAAGAGCGCUCGUCUGAUGUUCUCGACCGCUACCGCCUCCUUCCUCCAACUCGCUGCUCUCGCGACGGUGGCCCUCGCGGCACCCAGCAAUAUCACGAUGCCCCGCGCGACAUGCAUCGUCAAUAGCGUCGCGAGCGCUGCGAACCUCAAGAGCUGCACGAGCGUCGAGAUCCAGGGGUUCACUGUGCCCUCCGGACAGACGGUGACCAUUGCGGCUGCCACCGGCGCGACUGUGUGGAUGACAGGCGACAUCGUUUUUGAGAAGACAACAUCUGCGGGCCCGCUCAUCACGUUCAACACCCCCGGCAUCAACUUCAACGGUGGAAACCGCAACAUCAAUGGCAACGGCGCGGCUUACUGGGAUGGCCAGGGCACGAACGGCGGUGUGACAAAGCCGCAUCCGUUUGUCAAGUACGCUUUGCGUUCAGAAUUUGUCGUGGAUGGGAUGUUAAUGCGCUUUCUGCAGAUUCAAGGGCUCCGGCACGUUCGGGUUCGUGACCGUGCUCAACUCCCCCGCGCAGGCCAUCUCGGUCGGAACCACGGCUGCGACUCUGAUCCAGCGAGUCACCGUCGACAACUGUUGAGUCCCUGUCUCUUUCUCUACGAGGGUGGGUGGCUGAACCCGCGCCCACCAGCCGCUGGCGCCGCGCUCGGCCACAACACCGACGGCUUUGACAUCAGCGCGUCGGACGUGACGGUCUCGCAGUGCACAGUGCUCAACCAGGACGACUGCGUCGCGGUCAACUCCGGCGACGCGAUCACGAUCGAGGAGUCGACCUGCACCGGCGGCCACGGCAUCUCCAUCGGGUCGAUCGCGACCGGCAAGUCCGUCACGAACUUCAAGGCCGUCGGGAACACGAUCAGCGGCGGGCUGUAUGGCCUGCGCAUCAAGGUCGAUGCGACUGCGCAGAACGCGCAGGUGUCGAACGUCGUCUACGAAGGGAACAUCAUCUCAGGCAUCACGGAUUACGGCGUCCUGAUCACCCAGAGCUACCCCGCCAACGACGGCACCCCGGGAACCGGCGGCCCGAUCUCAAACGUUGCGUUCAUCGGCAGCACGACGACCGUCGCAGUCAACAGCGGCGCGAUGUCCGUCGUCAUCGACUGCGGCGCGUGCUCCGGAAACUGCAACUUCGCCAGCCUCAUGGUCACGUCGCCGGGUAAGGGGCACAGCAUUGUGGCUGACCGCGCGUCGAUCACCGGCGGGACAUACUGA